ACGAGCUGUCCUCCAUUCUUCUGCUUCCAUUGCGCCCUCCCGCAUUAAUCGACGAACGCCCGCUGCCGAUUUCUUUAGUGGUUCGCCCUUCCUGCCAACCUCAGCGGUCGCAACGGUAUCGCCCCUUUCUCUCCAUGCUCUCUCGGCCGCGCCAACCAGCCGCACCGCCGCCUGUUAGUUUGGUGGCUCGUCCCGCAGGCAAUCAUCAGCAGUCACCGCCAGGAUCCAUUGCCAACAAGUCCUUCCUCCUGUCGUCGAAGAGUAGCCUCUCCCUUUCCAAGGUAUGAAGUCAAGAAUGUAGUCCAUUUGGGAAGAAAAUCGCACAAAUUAAGGUUUGUUGAAUUUAGGGAUUUUUCCCAAUUCUGAAUCUAGGGUAAAACUUGAAGAGUACUUGUCGAUUUGUUGGUCUUAAAGUAGGAUCGGCAAUCCAAAUCUGACGAAUUAGGUUACCUAAGGCUGGAGUAUCAGGGGUGCAUGGCAUUUAACCCAUCCUGUCACCGUGAGAGGGAGUCGAGUACUUUAAAGACCUCUUCGAGUUCUCAAGGUUGGAGAAGGCACUUACCUGGGAAAUCGGCAAAUCGGAGCUGAGCUCAACCUGGGUCUUGUUCUCUUACCCGUAUCUGGUGUUGAAGAACCUGGCUGGCCCCAACGUAGUCUCUUACAACAGUCUGAUUUCAUGUUUCCGCUUCCAUCUAUCUCAUUUAUUUGUCAUUUUUGGCUUCAAUCAGUCAUCUUGCUUCGAAGUGCUCUAUGAUUCGAAGAAUUUGUGCAUCAUGGUGUGAAUCAGUAGUUGAAUGCAAGAGUGUCACUGUAGGGAAUUUUCUUGAAUUGGGGAGUUCUUGGGAAUUCCUGAACUAGUGGGUGGAGAAUGCUUUUUGUUGCCAGUUGAUCUAAAUUCUGGGGACUGCGUCAAGAGUUAUCCUUCGAUUCUCGUUUUCAGUUGCAGUAUUGAGCUAGUGAAAAUGGAUGGCAGCUGCAGUUCCCUUUCAGUUUAGUUAUUUUUCUUUGAAGAAUUCGAGCUUUCAUUGGCCAGAAGGUAGAAUUUUUAUUGAUAACUUCAAGGAUGGAUAUUUACAGUAGGAAAUGCAACAUGAUAAUGGUUUGGACUGGUUUGCAAUGUAAAUUACCUUCCGAUCUCCAGUCUGCCUAUAGUUCCCUUCCCUUUUAUUGAUCUGUUGGUUUUGGUUUUCCUUGCUCGAUUCAGUUUGAUGUUUUGCUAAAUUGUGUGGCAUGGAAGAUUCUCAGUAAUUCUUCACGUCUACUCAUUAAUGAAAGCCUUUUGUCGUAUUAAGUUUUUUGGUUUUCCUGUCAACAGGCUAUGGACCAGCUGGAUAUGCUUUGUUUGUGGCAGUAUAUGUAGGAUUGGAGGUAUGUGCUCAUUCUCUUAUUUAGGCCUUAAUUCAAUUCAGUUUCAUGCAUCCAGUGAGAUCUAUGAGAAGUUCUUCGUGGUCUUCAUACUAGUAACUACUGAUGUGAUAGAUGCACGAUAUAUGUGAUGAUUUGGACACCAAAUUUAGCAUAUACCUAUAAUUCCAUGUAGACAUUUUGUGAAGUUCUGCAUACUGAGAUCAAGUUCUUGUGGUAGAUGAAUGGCCCAAACUAUGAUUACUAGUAGCUAUUGAUAUGAUAGAUGCACGAUACAUGUGAUGAUUUGAACACCAAAUUUAGCAUAAUUCCUUAUAGACAUUUUCUAAAGUUCUGGAUACUGAGGCCAAAUUCUUGUGGUAGAUGAAUAGCCCAAGCUAUGAUUUCCCGAAACUGAUUUAAGAUUGUGGUGCUAUCCCAUUGACGAUGUCGGCUGGUCUUCUUUUCGGACCUCUUAUUGGCACCAUCAUAGUCUCAAUAAGUGGAACAGUUGCAGCAAGUAUUGCUUUUCUAAUUGCUAGGUAUUUUGCGCACGAGAGAAUCUUAAAACUUGUUGAAGGAAAUAAGAAGUUUCUUGCAAUCGACAAGGCAAUUGGCGAAAAUGGCUUCAGAGUAGUCACGCUUCUUCGAUUGAGCCCUUCGCUCCCAUUAUCCCUCGGAAAUUACUUGUAUGGAUUGACAUCAGUCUUCGUUCCGUAUGUUAUGGGGAGCUGGCUCGGGAUGCUUCCAGGCACAUGGGCCUACGUGAGUGCUGGUGCAUUUGGCCGCACUAUAAUUGCGAGUCUGCUAUUUCCUUCUAACUUCUUUGUACAAAGUUGCUCAACACUGAUAUUAGUGAACUUUUACCUUUGGAUAGUAACUGGAAACAUGGGGGGUGCGGACAAGGGUAGUGACUCAACUAAUGCCCUCAAUGGGAAUUCUUCGAAGAAUACAUUGGAGAAUGCCGAGAAGGUUGAGAAUCUGAUUAGAGAGGUUUACGAGGGAGUGACUGUGAUGUUCAGAAAAACUGAUAGGCGUUUCGAUGACCUAGCCAAGGACUUAUUGGAUCUGACAAUGAGGAGUUAUGAGCAUUGUAAACUUUUGAGAGAGACGACUGAAGUGCUUGAAGCGGAAGUUACAGAACUUAGGGGUACCCUGAGUGAUGAGGUUGCGGAUCUGUCUAAACAGGUUCGUUGUGUGAACAAUGCAAUAAAAAACCUGAAGACAGAUCUGCUGGAUGCAGUGAAGACCGAGGUUCAGAAGUUCAUUGAGACAAAGAAGGAACCCCAGUAUGUCGACUUGACUUUAGAAUCAGACGGGGGAAAUAGCAAACCUCUACGCCGUGCACGCGCAAGUGCUCGUUCUGUGGGUGGAAAAUUGAAGGUGCCAGCGUUUUCGGAUAUUACCAAACCCAAGAAAAAGACUACAAAAUGUAGAGCUGGGCCUUUCACAGUGGGGAUUCAUGUCAGUCCCGAGGACAGCAUGUUAGUGGACUAUGUAUUCCGUACCGGCAACGAGGGAGGGAUCGCCAUGAUAAUUAUCACCUUUCUAACUAGGGAGGAUAUUUUAAGCCUUGCACCUAAAUCUCCACUGAGCACGUUGAUUCUUUACACUGUUGUCGAAAAGUUGACAUGGGAAGACAGGGACAAAACAAAAAGGGAAUGCGCCUUUCUGUCCGUUACAUUUGCGGCGAAAGCUUCUGGAAAUAGAGACGACCUACUAAGCUUCAUCAGCUUAGAGCACGUGAAAACUCUAUACUGUACUGACAUUCGUGACUGCGAGGCGAUAUUCAUUCCCAUAUACAUGGGGAACCAUUUCUUGCUGUGCGUGGUAAAUCUGAAGAUGCAACAGUACUGUAUUUGGGACUCUCUACCGUCAUGCAUUAAGAAGACAGAAAUUAAUCAAAAGUUGGUGGACAUUCUGGCAGCCUUGGAUCUAUUAUUUGUUGAUGACGGCGCUGGCUGGUUCCUUGGCGUUAGCUCAUUUCUGGCUUUUGAGUUCAACCCAACAAAUAAUGCUCCCCGGCAACCCAAUACGUGGGAUUGUGGUAUGUUUGUGAUUAAUUGGAUGAAAUGUGGCCGCUCCUUGAACAAAAAGACAGCGAAGUGCAUGGGGAAACGGUUCAAUAGUGAGGAUGAACGUUUGAAGUUGGUGCUGGAACUGAUCGAUUGCACCCCGAAUGAGAAGACAGCCUUACUUGACAAAGCAAGAGAACUGGUCCCAUGAAGAAGCCUUACUGGAUGAAUUGAGGCGAGUGAGAUGUUUAUCAAUAUUUUGUUGUGUUUAAAAAAUUGGCCUGGUUUUUUUUGGGAGGAUAUUUCGUAUGUUGCUGGGAUUAUUAGCUGUUUGACGAGGAUUGGAAUCUCUUGUUCAUUUCGUAUGUUGUUGGGGAUUAGUGUUCCAAGUUAUGAGGCUUUAUUACUUUGCUUAGACUGCUGGGUUUAAGCUGAAUGAUAUUGCCCAUGGAUGUUUUAAUGUGAUUUGAUGAAACUAAAGAGCUAUCUUCUCUUCUUUUCAUCUCAGUUCGUUUCAAUUUCUUCUUUGUGUAUGUUGCUGGGAAAGUAAACCGUGUCCUGCUGUUAUACAUUAUUGAGUGCAGGGGGUUGUUCUUGGGAGCUGUUUACAGGUGCUGAAUUGACUGUGUAUGUUGCUGGGAAAGUAAACCGUGUCCUGCUGCUAUACAUUAUUGAGUGCAGGGGGUCGUUCUUGGGAGCUGUUUACAGGUGCUUAAUUGACUGUCCUUGUGUUUUUAAAUAAGGAUAAUAGUUUAAG